AUGGCCCUCCACCCUUCCGAUGUCGCGAAGCACAAUAGUGCGAAAUCAUGUUGGGUCAUCAUCCAUAACAAGGUCUAUGAUCUUACCGAGUUUCUUCCAAAUCAUCCUGGAGGUAGGAAAGUCAUAUUGAAGAAUGCAGGAAAAGAUUCCACAGGAGAUUUCGAUCUAAUUCAUUCAAUUGAUAUCCUCGAUAAAUGGCUUGAACCAUCAAAUCAUCUUGGUGAUGUUGAUGCAAGUGUAGCCAUAAACGAAGACACGACACCAAAAACCAGAGAUGGAAGCCAGAAAAGUAUAUACCGCAAACCCAAGCUGUCUCACUGCAUCAAUAUAUCGGACUUUGAGAACGUAGCCCAAAAUUUAAUGAAGACAACGUCUUGGAACUACUAUUCUACUGGAUCAGACGACGAAUUUACUCUGCAAGAAAACAACAAAUCCUUUCAGCAGAUACGCUUCAGGCCGAAAGUCAUGGUCAACGUGGAGCAUGUUGACAUCUCGACGACAUUUCUUGGUUUGCGCACUUCCGCUCCAAUCUACAUCUCAGCCACGGCACAUGCAAAGCUCGGUGAUCCGGAAGGCGAAGUAACUCUGACAAGGGCGAGUAACAAGCAUGACAUCAUUCAAAUGAUACCACUGUAUUCCUCUUUCCCACUAGAAGACAUCACCAAAGCGAGGGAUCCAGAUCGCACUCAGUGGUUCCAAGUGUAUGUCAAGAAAGAUCGAAACGUGACAAGAAGAGCUAUCGAGAACGCCGAGAAACAUGGCUGUAAGGCACUUUGCAUCACUGUAGACAACCCCCACCUUGGAAGCCGCGAGAGGGUCCUCCGACAACAACAGAGCGAGGUCAACGAAGAAGACGAAGAUGAUGAGUUUGAAGACGUGGCGGCGACAGAACUUGAUCCUUCACUGAUCAUGAACUCGACUCUAAGCUGGGACGAUAUUUCGUGGUUUCGAAGCAUCACUGAUAUGUCUAUUAUCCUAAAGGGAGUGCAACGGGUUGAAGAUGUUGUCAAAGCAGCCGAAUACGGCAUCGAAGCUGUAAUUCUUUCCAAUCAUGGUGGACGACAGUUGGAGUAUUCUGAACCCCCAAUAGAGGUGUAUCUAGACGGUGGAAUCCGUAGGGGUUCCGAUAUUCUCAAAGCCUUGUGUCUGGGUGCUCGAGGAGUUGGCAUUGGCCGCCCUUUCCUCUAUGCUAUGGCGGGAUACGGACAAAAGGGUGUAGAAAAGGCAAUUAGGAUUUACAAAGACGAACUGGAGCGUAACAUGCGUCUUAUUGGAUGUACCUCACUAGAUCAGCUUCAUCCAGGUUUGGUCAAGAUGUUGGGACAAGUUCGACAAAGACUAUGA